AUGUCGAGGAGCCAAGCUGCGACGUAUAAGGUGCUGGUAGCCAAGCUGACGGAGGUGCAGCAAUCUUUCAACGAUAUUUGGGGCUUUGUUGAAGAUUUUCCUGAGGAUGCCUCACUCAACCAAGUCACGGUUCGUUUAGAAAGGCUAGACGAAUUGCGUGAGAAGUUCUCCGAGUACCUUAUCGAGGUCCAAACGCACGAUAACCACGACGAUAAAGCGAACCCUUUAACAAAGGAGAGACAGGAGUUCAACGGACGCUUCUACCAAGCGAAAGCGUUUUUGUUGGACCAGGUGAAGCUGAAGCAAGAGCCAGUGGACUUGAAUCAGACCAAUGCGACUGGUGUUGGAAACAUUGAUCAUGUCAGGUUACCGCAGAUCAAGCUCCAAACUUUUGGUGGAAACGUGGAGGAGUGGCUUAGCUUCCGCGAUCUCUUUUCUUCCUUGAUCCAUGGCAAGGCGGAUCUCCCUGAGGUAGAAAAGUUCUACUAUCUCAAGGGGUGUCUACAAGGGGAACCGAAGAACUUGAUCGAUUCUCUCCCGAUCACCAGUGCCAAUUACAAGAUCGCUUGGGAUCUCCUACUCAAGCGGUAUGACAACAGCAAGCAUCUGAAGAAGCUCCAAGUGCAAGCGCUGUUCAAGCUUCCGUGUUUGACGAAGGAGUGCUCGUCGGAUCUGCACACACUCGUCGACGGCUUCGAGAGAAUAGUGCAGACCUUGGACAAUAUUGUUCAGCCCGCGGAUUAUCGAGAUUUGCUGUUGGUCAACAUGCUUACUACACGCUUGGAUCCGGUCACGCGGCGGGGAUGGGAGGAGUUUUCGUCCACCAAACAACAAGACACGGUGGAAGAGUUGAGCGAUUACCUUCAGCGGCGCAUUCGUAUGCUGGAAUCUCUUCCAGCGAAGGCAGCAGAAUCAAGAGGCGCUAUCCAGUGGCAGCAAUCUAGUAAAUCCAAGGCUUCCAACAUCAAGAGUAGCUUCAGCACUACUCAGACGGUAGGAGGACGAUGUGUAGUAUGCGGCGCCAGUCACUUGCUGUUCCAAUGCAGCGUUUUUCAAGGGAUGCAGCAGUUUGAAAGGGAAGGAGUGCUCAGAAGCCACUCGCUGUGCCGCAAUUGCUUCAAACCUGGGCACCACGCAAAGGAGUGCCAGUCUAAAUUCUCAUGUCGUUUCUGCCAAAACCGCCAUCAUUCGCUGGUGUGCUUUAGGCCUGGUAGGGAGAGUUCAUCGAAGCCAAUGGUGAUUACAAAGCCUACGAAAUCCACCGCUUCAAGAGAAGUUCGCGAUUCCACGGAGCCAUCUACUUCACGUGCCACUCCAAGUGUCAACCCUAGUGUACUCGAUCCCCAAGUAUCCAACAUGGCGACUGCAGACACGGUUGUGGGACAUGGAUCUACUCAACAGGCAAAGGUACUGUUGGCGACUGCUGUCGUGAUUGUCGAGGACAACAAUGGACAUCGUUAUCCAGCUCGCGCUCUUUUAGACUCUGGAUCGGAGAGCAACUUUGUGACUGAAAGCCUCAGUCAACGGAUGAAGGUCAGACGCAGCAAGGUAGAUGUCAAGAUUUAUGGGAUUGGCCAGGCAGUUACCAAGGUUAGGCAGCAGCUUGAGGCCACCGUUCGAUCGAGGCUGACGGAAUUCUCUCAGCGCAUGAGUUUCCUCGUUCUACCUAAGGUAACCGUCAACCUACCGACUUCAUCGAUCAACAUUGAGGAGUGGAACGUCCCAGAUGGAGUUGAAUUGGCCGAUCCAUCGUUCAAUGUGUCCAUGGGUGUGGACAUGGUUCUGGGAAUUGAAUCAUUUUUUAAUUUCUUCAGAAGCGGGCGGCAGAUUUCAUUGGGAGAUCGACUGCCGGCCCUUAAUGAGUCCGUUUUCGGUUGGGUCGUUUGUGGAGGAGCAUCGGUUUCCAACCAAUCGCUGAACAUCAGCUGCAACGUGUCGGCUUCAGAAGGCCUUGAAGAAUUAGUAGCCCGAUUUUGGUCCUGCGAGGAGGUCGGAGUUACCGAAAACUAUUCGCCACACGAAGCGCGUUGCGAGGAGCACUUUGUUCGAACGGUCCGACGUGGGGAGGACGGCCGUUAUACCGUUUCGUUGCCGAAGGAUGAAGACAUUUUGGGUCGAAUUGGCGAGUCAAGGGGUAUUGCAGUUCGUCGUCUUCAAAGCACGGAACGCAGGUUAGCGAAGGAUGCAGAGCUCCGUGGCCAAUAUCGCUCUUUCAUGGAGGAGUAUCUUCAACUCGGCCACAUGACCAAGGUCGAGAUAGCUCAAAUUCAACCGAAACGCUGCUAUCUACCACACCACCCGGUAGUUAAGCAAGCCAGUACUACAACCAAGGUUCGUGUUGUGUUCAAUGCUUCAAGCGAAACGUCGACUAGGGUGACGUUGAAUGAUGCACUGCUAGUGGGACCCAUCAUACAAGACGAUCUACGAUCGAUUAUCAUGCGGAGUCGGACAAAACAGGUGAUGCUUGUGGCGGACGUCGAAAAAAUGUUUCGACAAGUCCUGGUUUGUGAGGAAGACAGACCCUUGCAAUCCAUUUUGUGGCGCUCAUCACCGGAAGAGGAAAUCAGCGCGUUUCAGCUGAAUACUGUCACGUACGGCACGAAACCAGCACCCUUCUUGGCUACAAGGGUUUUGAAGCAGCUCUCAGACGACGAGGAAGAAGGGUUUCCGCUCGCUGCCCAGGCAGUACGGGAGGACACGUACAUGGAUGACGUGAUAACUGGCACAAACGAGGUGGACGAAGCGGUGGAGUUGAGGAAGCAGCUACAAGGUUUAAUGGAGUCUGGAGGAUUCAAGCUCCGGAAGUGGGCGUCCAAUCAUCUGCAGGCGCUGCAUGGAGUUUCAGAUGUAGAUUUAGCAUUGCCGUCUACGGAGAUUUGUCUUGAUCCAGAUCCGUCGGUAAAAACGCUUGGCCUAACUUGGAUGCCGGGUACUGAUACUCUACGAUUCCAAUUCAACGUUCCACCGUUAGAUGAAGCAGAAUCUCUGACCAAGCGCAAGGUUCUGUCUAUUAUCGCGACCCUUUUCGAUCCGCUAGGACUCAUCGGUGCUGCCAUAACGGCGUAUAAGGUGUUUAUGCAGAUGUUGUGGACUCUGAAGAACGAAGAUCAAGAACGCUUAGAUUGGGAUCAGCAGCUUCCCAAAACGGUGGGUGAGACGUGGCGAUUGUUUCAUCAACAACUUCCAAUACUCAACCAGAUCCGGAUCAACAGAUGCGUCAUUAUCCCGGAGGCAACACGGAUAGAACUCCAUUGUUUUUCGGACGCAUCGGAGAAGGCGUAUGGAGGUUGUAUCUACGUUCGGAGUGAAGAUUCUCAUGGCACGGUGGUAGUGCACCUGUUCGCGUCAAAAUCGAAGGUAGCACCGUUGAAGAGCCAGACCAUCCCGAGGUUGGAGUUGUGUGGUGCACUAUUGACUGCGGAGAUGUAUGACAAGGUGCGCAAAAUUCAACGGUUAACGGAAGGUUUCCAGUGGCGCCAUGUUCCAGGUGUUCAAAACCCUGCGGAUCUUAUCUCCAGAGGAAUCACACCAGAAAACAUUGCUGAGAACAGUUUCUGGUGGCAUGGUCCUGGUUGGCUGUUAGAAGGACAAGAAAAAUGGCCUCAGCCACCAGCGCUUCAGGAAGCAGAAGAGGUCGAAGUAGAGAAACGCCGUACCGUAACGGCAGCCAUGACAACAAGCGAAGAUACAUUCAUCGAUGAGUACGUUGCCAAGUUUUCGAACUAUUCUAAAUUGAUUCGGAGUACUGCUGUAUGGCAACGUUUGAUCAAGUUGCUCAAGAUGCCGAAGGAGCAUCGGAAAGGUGGAUUUUUCACCACGGAGGAGCUCAGUAAAGCCGAACACACCAUCGUUCGGCUAGUCCAGAAAGUUACGCUGUCCGAUGAAUGGAAGGCUUUAUCGGAAGGGAUUCCGGUUUCACGGAAGUCGCAGUUACGAUGGUUCCACCCGUACAUGUCGCAGGAGGGAAUGAUUCGCCUCGGCGGACGCUUACGAUAUUCAUCAGAGUCGGAGGACUUCAAACAUCCUAUUGUACUACCAAAAGGUCAUCAACUGACUCGAUUACUGUUUGAGGACUAUCAUAAACGAUUGCUCCAUGCAGGACCGCAAUUGCUACUGAGUACUGUUCGGUUAAAAUUCUGGCCAUUAGGAGGAAGGAGUAUCGCACGGCAGGUGGUUCAUCGCUGCUACAAGUGUUUCCGAGCAAAGCCGUCUCCUGUGAAGCAGUUCAUGGGUGAAUUGCCAGCAGAAAGAGUAACGGUAGCCCGUCCGUUUUCGCGAACGGGAAUAGAUUUUUUUGGUCCUGUGUAUGUUAGGCCAGGUCCCAGACGAACCGCUGUGAAGGCGUAUGGUGCCAUUUUUGUGUGUAUGGCGACCAAGGCGGUGCACCUUGAGUUGGUCUCGGAUCUCUCCACGGACCGGUUUAUUCAAGCACUGCGAAGAUUUGUGGCCAGACGGGGAAGGUGUUCGGAAAUAUUCUCUGAUAACGGCACCAAUUUCGUGGGUGCGCGGAACCGGUUUCAGGAAUUACUACGAAUGCUGAAGGACAAGGACCACAGGGAGAAGGUUAAUAAUUACUGCCUUGAAGAAGGCAUACGAUGGCACUUCAGCCCACCAAGUGGACCUCAUUUCGGUGGCCUCUGGGAGGCAGCUGUUCGCUCCACCAAAUACCAUCUCCAAAGAGUCAUCGGAGAUAAUCCGGUGUCCAUAGAAGACAUGAAUACCCUGCUGGUCCAGGUAGAGGGGUGUCUCAAUUCGCGACCCCUUACUGCCCUCUCAACUGACCCCAACGACCUGGAGCCACUCACCCCGGCUCAUUUCCUGGUCUAA